AUGGCAUCUGUGUUUCUCGGAGAUCUCGAUGACUUUAUCGCGCCUUCACAAGCAUGCGUGAACCCACUUUUCCUCACGAACAAGGACAAGUCCAAAGCACCCGCUCACGUGAACAUGGACAGUGACAUAUACAGCGGCAUCCAUCAAGUCGCCAUUGAGCCCGAUCUCAUCCGAAGCACGAACCAAGAUACCGCGAUGGUGUCGCUCAAUGACUGCCUGGCUUGCAGUGGCUGCGUCACGUCCGCCGAAUCCAUCCUCAUUUCUCAACAGAGCGCUGCGGAAUUCCUCACAGCGCUGGAAACCCAUCGCCACGACUGGCAAUUCGUCGUGACGCUAUCUCCUCAGGCCCGUGCGUCUGUUGCAGCCCAUUUUAACCUGCCCCUCGCCGCUUGUCACCGCAAACUGGUGACGUACUUCCGUCAACUCGGGGUCCAUGUCGUGCUCGACGCGGCAUGCGCUGACGACCUCGCGCUGCUGGAAGCCCGUGCGGAAUUUGUCGCUCGGUACCGCAAUCGACAAACACUUCCAUGGACCCGUCCCCCGUCGUCGCGCCCAGUUUCCUCCACACAGACAGACUACUACGACGCCGCCGCCACAGACGAACCGCCGUCGCAUGUUGCGUUGCCCAUGCUCACGUCGUCGUGCCCGGGGUGGAUCUGCUAUGCCGAGAAAUCAAAUCCCAAUGCCCUGCCGUACAUCAGUACUACCAAGAGCCCGCAGCAAAUCAAUGGGACGCUGGUGAAGCGGCUGAUCUCGGCCGGCCAGCAUAUGCCCGUGUACCACUGCACGGUCAUGCCAUGUUACGACAAGAAGCUCGAAGCGUCUCGAAACAACUUUUUGGAUGCGGCCACGGACACCCGCGACGUCGACUGCGUGCUCGCAGCGUCCGAGUUGCUGGAAAUGCUUCAAGGCAUCGACCUGGUAGAGCUCCCCGAAGCCACCCUCACAAGCGACGAGAUCAUGUGGAGCGGCUUGGCGAGGGACGGAAGCCACGUGUUGAGCAGUACGGCGGCCGUGACUGGCGACAUUGGCAGCGGUGGCUACCUCGAGCAUAUUUUUCGAUAUGCCGCGAAGGAGCUGUUCAAUGUGGAUUGCCCCGAUCAACUUCCCUACGUACAGGGACGCAAUGCCGACUUCAAAGAAGUUUCGCUCCAUGUCGGUGGGGUCGAAGUGCUUCGGUUCGCGCUUGCAUAUGGCUUCCGAAACAUUCAAACGGUCUUGAUGAAGGUUAAGCGCAAUAAGUGCCCGUACCACUUUGUCGAGAUCAUGGCGUGCCCAGGGGGAUGUUUAAACGGAGGUGGGCAGAUCAAGCCUGCAACCCCUGCGGCCAACAAGGCGCUUGUCGACAAAGUCGACACUGCUUUCCGAGGCACGACAUUCCGCGACGUCGGGGCGAACCCCGCCGUCUCCCAUGUGUACGACACGUACUUGGACGGCUGCGUGUUUUCAUCCAAAGCGCAAUUGGUGCUGCAUACGCGGUAUCAUGCUGUGCCAAAGAUGGAGCUGGCGAAUCCAUUUGGCAUCAAGUGGUAG